CUUCUCAAAAGCAUGCGCGCUGCUGGCGGAAUUAGCCAAUCCGAGGGCACCAAGAGGGAGUCGGUCUGUCGAACGCGUUAUCGCGAUAUGUGUUGCCACGAGCACAACCACGGACAGAGUGGGUAAGCUGUAGGCGGCGGAGAGAAGAGAGUGUGCGGAAUGAAAGAAGAGAAAGAGAACAAGGGGCGUGAGCGGCGAGUGGACAUCCAGUUCAGAGACAGAGAGGAAGGGGAAAAACGCAAAGAGAAAGAUGAGAAAAAGGAGGUGCUCACUAAGGUGGUGAUUAGGCGUUUACCUCCUACUUUGACUAAAGCACAGCUAGAGGAACUACUGCAUCCACUACCAACACAUGAUUAUUUUGAAUUUUGUGCUGCUGAUACAAGCCUGUACCCCCACUUGUUCUCUAGAGCCUACAUCAAUUUUAAAAAUCCUGAUGAUAUAAUUCUCUUCAGAGACCGAUUUGAUGGAUAUAUCUUCAUUGAUAAUAAAGGUCAGGAAUACCCAGCUGUGGUUGAAUUUGCUCCAUUUCAGAAAAUUUCUAAAAGGAAGCUGAAAAAGAAAGAUGCGAAAUCUGGGAGCAUUGAGGAAGAUCCUGAGUACAAGAAGUUUUUAGAAAGUUACUGUGCAGAUGAGGAGAAAAUUGCAGCCAACCCAGAGACGCUUCUGGGAGAGAUCGAGGCAAAGACCAGAGAACUGAUUGUGGGUACAGACCAAUUCCUAACACUGGAGAAUGUCUAUAGCCAGGAACUUAAAGGUGUAAGCAGAACUUGGAAGCAGCUGCGUGUCUACAAGAACACAGCCAGGAGAACCACACCACUUCUGGAGUAUAUUAAAAACAAGAAGCUUGAAAAACAGCGAAUCAGAGAGGAGAAAAGAGAAGAGAGGAGGAGGAGGGAGCUGGAGAAAAAACGUUUAAGAGAGGAAGAAAAAAGAAAACGUAGAGAGGAAGAAAGGCGUAAAAGGAAAGAAGCAGAAAAACAGAAAAAAAUAGCAGAGAAGGAAAGAAAAGAAGAAAUAAAAAUUAAGUUAUUAAAAAAGGCUGAUAAAGAGGAGGAACAAGACUCGGACAAAAGGAAGGAGAAAACGGAGGAUGGUGACAAUGGAAAAGGAAAAUGGGAAAAAUUGUGUUGCCCAGGAAACCUGCAAGGAAAACGGCCAGAGAUUUCGCAGAAAGAUGUCAAAGACAGACAGCCAAAUGAUAGUGAUAGAGAACGUAGGGAGAGGGAACGGGAAAGAAGAUUAAGGGAAAAAGAACGAGAACGAGAGCGACAGAGGCGUCGUGAGGAUGAGCGCAGAAAGCAAAAAGAGCGUUAUGAAGUAGAGAGGGCUAUGAAAACAAAAGAAGAAGAAACAAAAAGAGGGAAAGACCAUGGACAGGAAAGAGAAAAGAAGGGAGACAGCCUCAGCUACAUGUUCAGUACUGAGAAAAUAGAAAAACUGAGUAAAGAAGACAAAAAUGAUGACAUGGGAUCUAAAAGGGAACGAAUAAGGAAUAAGUCAUCACAGGUCAAUGAAGUGGACUUUGAUAACUCAUCGGAAUUGAGGGGUGAGGAUCAAUACAAGCAGAUACAGAAUCACCAGAUUAAGCAGGACCGUCCAGCUAUGCAGUUGUAUCAACCUGGAGCACGCUGCCGAACUCGUCUAGGAUCUGGUGGAAAAGCAUUUGACUAUUGCAGUAAAUCCUCUGAAGACAGCGCUGAGAGAAAAUAUGAAGAUGAUAGCUCUAUUGGAGCUGGUUCUGAGAAGAGUUGCGAAGAAUGA